AUGAUUUUUACUCUAACACGAAAACGUGUAUAUCAAAUCUUGAUUCGAACAUCAAUUCUUACUCGUAGAUUAUCUACUAUCGAAACUAAGAAUAACGAUAACGACGACGACGACGAUUAUUCAUUGUCAACCAUCAUGACCGAUAGUGUUCAAGUGAAAGAAGGCAAAGCGAAUAUUCGUUUACCAGAAGGUGCUGUUUUCUACAAUCCCGCUCAGGUCUACAAUCGAGAUUUAAGUGUUGCUUGCCUUCGUUUGGUAUCGAAACAUCAUCACGAAAAUGAAUGCAAGAGAAUUCAAAAGAACGACCCGCAGACGAGUUGUAUUCCAUUCGAACAAUUAUCUGCGGGUGUGAGACAAGAGAAUGGAUUGAAAAUAGCUGAGGCUCUUUCAGCAACAGGUCUUCGAUCGGUUCGAUAUGCAAAAGAGAUUCCAGGAAUUGACACAAUUUAUGCGAAUGACAUUGACGCAGGAGCAGUUGAAUCAAUAAAACACAAUGUUCAAUCAAAUGAUGUUCAAAAUCUCGUUCAAGCAAGUCAUGAUGAUGCGAUGAACUUAUUAUACAGCCAUCGAAAACCGGAGAAUCAGUUUCAUGUUGUGGACUUAGAUCCGUACGGAACACCAGGACAGUUUCUCGAUGGAGCAGUGCAAUGUAUAAAAAAGAAUGGUGUUCUAUGCAUAACUGCAACUGAUAUGGCAUCGUUGUGUGGAAAUAAUCCUCACAGUUGCUAUUCAAAGUACGGAUCGAUUCCGUUACAUCAACCAUUCUGUCAUGAAUUUGCAUUGCGCAUGAUACUCUAUUCACUACAUAUGCAAGCUGCUCGGUACGAUCGAAUUAUUGAACCAUUACUAUGCAUGUCAAUUGAUUUCUACGUACGUCUGUUUGUACGUAUCAACUAUGGAUCUGCUAAAGCUCAAAGUCAACUAGGCGAUAUUGCAACUGUGUACAACUGCACUCAUUGUACAUCAUUCUUCUUCCAACCAUAUGGACAAGCGAGCCUCGAUGAACGAAAUAAUGCCAAGUUUAGAUAUGCACAGGGACCGCCCGUAGGUACAUCUUGUACACACUGUGGAUCAAAUUUGCGAGUAGGUGGACCCAUCUGGCUUGGACCACUAUUUGAUCAUUCGUUUGUGUCCGAACUAAUAGGAUCCAUUGAACAAGCACCACACGAUAGCUAUGCCUAUCGGGAUCGAAUGUUGAGCAUGUUGUAUGUCGUCAAAGAAGAAUUACCUAAUCCAUUGUAUUUCGAUAAUACAAAACUUGCACGAAUCAUGCACACUCAAGUACCACAAAACAAAGUUCUUCGGUCAGCGAUAUUAAAUGCUGGUUAUCGUGUGUCAUCAACACAUGCUCGUCAAGAUGCAAUCAAAACCGACGCCCCACAUGAAGUUAUUUGGGAUAUCAUGCGAGCCUUAGCUGAACAAUCACCGACAAAGCGUUCAGCGGUUGAAAGACUCAACACUGAUUCACCGUAUUACCGUCUGCUGACGAAACCAUCGACAAUUCAAGUUGAUUUCACCGAACAUCCAGACUGGGAAUCAGAAGCAAGAAAAAACAAACUAAUUCGUUUUAUGGGUAAUCCUCAUGCGAGAUGGGGACCACUAGGAAAAGCAGUGACAAAGAAAAAACGACCGAGUGAUGAAAGCGAUUCGACAACGGAGAAAAAACAGAUGAAAUCGGAUGAAGAUUUAUCAUCGGACGAAAACUUGUGA